AGCGCCUUGAAUUCGAGAUGCAUGCGGGUCGCCAUGGGGAGCGCCGUCACGGGAGAAUAUCAUGCAGAGGUACGAAACCCUCCCGCGAGCUCUUAGCCAUUUGGAUGCUUGGCAGUGCUUUCUCAGCACUUUGCAGGGCUUGGGCCUUUGCUGGCAGCAGCUCUAGCUGCAAGCGAUUGUUUCGCUCCACUCUGCGGAUUGCAGAUCCGCGCAUGGCAAUGCCAGCCCGGGCCAUGGUUGAUGUGGGAGUGGAGGCGCCACAGUUUUCAGCAGCACAGGCCAUCCUGGUUUUUCUGUGUGCCGCUAUUCCCCUGGCAUACUGGUGGUUGGUGAUUGUUCCAUUCAAACGCCGUGAUUUGGCCUCGAGCAAGCGCAAAGGAGAGUUGAAAGAGUAUUUGACCACAUUGGCGGAGGCGCCUCUUGAGGAGCGCGGGGCCGAGAAAUGGUUUUACGACAAAUACUUGAGACAAUCCAAGCUGGCGGAGCCAGGGCCCACAGGACUCACCAAGGCAGUAGAGUCGCUGGAGGAUGGGCUGCAGCAAGCGCUGCCAGGUGGGGGCUUCUGGAGUUUUGACAAUCCGAUUUUCGUUGGCCUGGUCACGCUGGGCAUUUUCUGCACGCAACAAAUUCUUGCACAUGAGCUUGGGCUGUGACGGUGCCGCGCUUGCCGUGGCA